GGAUUGGGUGGCUACAGAUCCUUCAUAGCAUAAGAAUGAAUCAUCCCUUCCAUUGUGUGUGCUGUGGAGUAUAAAAUCUGUGCUUUAAAGCAGUAGACGAUUUACUCCAAAAAAAACACCUGCUUAACUUCUCUGGGAACACACCAACCAACCAAGACAUGUCUAAGCUGGAGAAAGCCAUUGUGGCCAUAGUGGAGGUUUUUGAGGAAUGUGCAGGGACAGAUGAGCAGAAAACCCAACUCAGUAUUGCUGAACUUGGACAGCUAAUCAAAGCCCAAAUUACCAGUCCCGAAUUUAAGGAUAAAGUGGAUCCAGACAAUAUUAAGGAGGUCAUGGAAGAACUGGAUAAGAACCACGAUGGUGAAGUGAACUUCCGUGAAUACAGCCAGUGUAUCGCUGGCCUAGCCAGGGCCUACUACACAAAGAAGCAUGGUAAGGACAAGUGUAGAGGAAGGGGCAGGGGUUGUCAGGAUAAAUGAACACACAUCCUUACAUUCCUGUUGCACUAGACACUCGCCUUCGACAAGGUCACAAAAGUAUCUGUAAUAAUGUUGCAAACAAUUUUAUAUGCUGUAAGACAAAAAAAACGGUUUAAAUUGAUGGAUAAUCUUUUGUAAUGCCAUUUGCUAAUGUUGUAGAAAACAUUUCUCAACAGACAGUGUUGUGAAAAAUGCUUGUCCUGUCUAUAACGAACAAUAA